AUGAUCUUCUUGUGGACAAGUAUCGGUUUGGUACGAGCCAAUGAAAACACAACAAUAACCACCAAUAAUCUCUCUUCUUCUUCUCAUAACACAAAUGAGGUACCAGAAUGUACACUAGAUGAUUACGGAGCAACCUAUACUCCUUGCGUGAAAAUGAGUGACACAAGGACUGUUGUUUAUUACAAGAAGAAUAAUUGCAGUGGAGGAGUAUCACUACCAAUUUCAACAGAAACUCUCCCUUGCAAUUUAACAUGUAGCAAUGGUCAAUUUUUGAGACCACCUUUUGUGAAAUGUGAGCCAUGUAGUCCUGGUGAAUUUAGUUUUUCUGAAGGAAUUCUCACCAAUGAUUGGGAAGAAUUACCAGAUUCCAUGAAAACAAAUUGUGUUUCUGAAGGAGUUAAAAAUCCAAAAUGUUCUUCAUGGAAGGCUUCAACCAAUUACAAAUAUAUUCAUUCAGGAGAUCAAUCAGAAUCCACAGGAACAGUGUCAUCUGUUCUCACUUAUUAUGUUGAUAUUUUGAGAGAGGUUGGAAAACUUGAAUUUAGUUUCCGUGUAGAUGCUGAUACUGGAAAUGGAUUGGAACUGUAUAUUGACAAUCAACAAGUAUUAGAAAGAACAAGCUAUGUGCAUGAAUAUACAGUCAAAUCAUUUACAUUGACAAAAGGUUAUCAUGUGAUUGAAUGGAGAUUUGAAAAAGCAUCUGCACAAUCCUCCAGUACCAAACAAAUGGCAUAUAUCAAAUGGGUCAAAAUAUAUGGAGAUAAGUUAUCUGUUGAGUAUUGUACCAAGUGUCCAGCAGGUACUUUUAACAAUGAACAUGGACAAGCUUCUUGCACAGCAUGUCCUUUGGACACUUUUAGUGACAAACCUGGACAAACUCAAUGUCAACCUUGUCCAGACAAUACCUAUGCAUUGUCAGGAUCUACCUCUUGCUCUCCAAAACCUUCAUGUACUGCUCUAGAUUAUGCAGCUCAUUAUACUCCAUGCUCAAACGGUAAAAGAAAAUUAAUCUAUGAAUGGAAAAAGCCUAAAAUUUGCAAUGGAGGUGUUGAACUUCCAACGAAUAAGGACAAUGAAGAAUGCAAUCAAUGCCCAACAGGAUUAUUCCGUAAGAAUGAUGAAUGUCAACGAUGUGCUGGAAAGGGAGAAUAUUACGAUUUGAAAGAACUAAAAUGUAAAAAAUGUUACGAAGGUUACUAUGCAUUGAAAUACCUUCGUUAUGAUUCUAAUUUCUUCAAUGAGAUGACUUCAUUACCUUCGCAUUGGUCUACCAAAUGUCUCGGAGAAUGCGAUAAGGAACAUAAGGGUUGGUCCAUUGUAUCCAAUGUUGAAAAGAGAGAAGCCUAUCUCGAUGCUGGUGCUAAUGGCUAUGGCGAUGAAAGUGUUCUCUCCAUUCCCAUUGAAUUAUAUACGGAUGGAUCCAUCAGUAUUGAAUACGAGUUGAGUUCUACCACUCCGACGAAGACUACUACAACAACAACAAGUACUACUACUACAACAGGCAAACCUGAAGAUCAUUUAACUGCAUCGGAGGAUGAGGACACUUCCGUACUCUUAUUCUUUAUCAAUCGAACAUUGGUUGGAGAUUUCUCUCGACAAACCCUCAAAGAGUUAAAAGGUACAUUCAAAACAAGAUAUUAUCCUGCUGGACAUUACCUUCUUACGUUUGCUUUUGAAAAGUAUGACUCUCCGAUUAAGCAAUCAACCGUUCUCAUCAAAUCCAUUAUUGUAGAGGGAGAAGUUUCAGGUGCUUCCGAUAAAUGUUAUGAAUGUCGAGAAGGUCACUAUUGUCCUCAAGGUACUGAUGAGCAUUUACCAUGUCGUCCUGGAACUUACUCAAAUAUUAGACAAGAAGCAUGUAUGGCUUGCUAUAGAAACACUUUCCAAAACAAGUUUGGACAAAAUAAGUGUCUUAAUUGUGGAGCUGGUACCUUUUCUAAUGCAGGAAGCCCAGAUUGUGUGAAUACUUGCCUCUUUUCUGUCCCUGGAACUGAGAUUGUGUACAAUUUGACGAAUUUGCAAAGUGCCCUGAACAGUGAGUUGAACGUGUUUGGUCCUCUCGCACUGCCCAACUCUCCUCUCAAGCUUUAUUUUAAUCUUUGUAACAAAUUUGACACGGCUUACACCAAAUUCUGUCAAAAAGAGUCAAGACUUUCAGUUUUAUCAGAACAACGUAAGGAAGUGACAACCAGAAAUCGUAGAAAGGGUUACACGACCUAUUCGUGUGUAGAAGAUGAUUCAAGUGAAAAUCCAAAGUAUCAUACAAGUGGCGACAUGGGAUCCACUAUUUCAUAUUAUCAAUCUCCAAAAGGGGAUGGUCUCACUGUCUACCUUGGUACCGAUUACAAGUGUGCCAAUAACGAAGGUGUCUAUAACACAAAAAUUGAAUUGAAAUGCAAUCCAAAAGAAGGCAUUGGUAAACCAGUUAUUGUGACUGAAGUGAGUGAAACAGGAGUAAUGUCACUUUCUGAUGUUUGCUCGACUAAGAUCUUGUGGGAAAGUCAUGCUGCUUGCCCUAUUUGUACUGUUUAUGACUAUGAGGCCGUGGUCAGCAGUGAUUGUGAGAAUGGAAGAAGAAAGAAGACAUGGUUUUUGAAACCAAGUGCAAAAUGUUAUCCAUACUCUGGAUCAUCAGCUCCUUUACCUGAGGAAGAUGUUUCUUGUAUUACCUGUUCCCAAGAUGAUUAUACCUUUGUUGAGACAAAAUGUGUAAAUGGAGUUUUCAAGAAAAAGUACGUUUGGAAGGAACCACGAGAUUGCUUUGGAGGUAUUGAACUUCCAGAGGACGAAACACUCACUUGUGAUGAGUUGGAAAUUGGAAAACUUACUGCUGUCACUGGAUUGUCUAUCACUGCAGCAGUGUUUGUGUGUCUGCUUGUUGGUAUUUGUUUCUUCUACUUUAGAAACAAGCAGCUUUAUGAACAAUAUGAAAUGUUGGGUCAAAAAGAGACUCCAGAUAUUGAAAUGUUGAAUAGUGGCUCUGGUGUGUUAGAAUUGAUGGGCAAUGAAAGUUCAUCAGAUGAUGACAUGGGGUUCACAACCACUAAAACAAUUAACAUCACAGACAGCGACGAAGAUGAUCGAGUUUAA